AUGAUGACUAUGGACAUCACCAAAACGGAGCCCAACAUGGGUCCAAAUAAUCCACAGAAUGCGCAAAAUCCCAACAACGGCAAUGGCAAUCCCAAUAUUGGUAAUCCGAAUGGCAACAACAACGGUCUGACCAGUGUUAGCGCCGUCGGUAAUGCGAAUAGUAAUGCCAACAACAAUAACAAUGGCAAUGGCAGUCAGCUGUGCGCCGGUUGUGGCAAACACAUACAGGAUCGUUACUUGCUGCGCGCUCUAGACAUGCUGUGGCACGAGGAUUGCCUCAAAUGUGGUUGUUGUGAUUGUCGCUUGGGUGAGGUCGGUUCCACGCUCUAUACGAAGGGUAAUCUUAUGCUGUGCAAACGUGAUUAUUUGAGAUUAUUUGGUAACACUGGCUAUUGUGCAGCCUGCAGUAAAGUCAUUCCGGCCUUUGAGAUGGUCAUGCGAGCGCGCACAAAUGUCUAUCACUUGGAAUGUUUCGCUUGCCAGCAAUGUAAUCAUAGAUUCUGCGUUGGCGAUCGUUUCUACCUGUGUGAGAACAAAAUUCUCUGCGAAUAUGACUAUGAGGAACGUCUCGUCUUCGCCUCUAUGGCCAAUCAUCCGAUGUUGAAGCGACAUGCCAGCGCUAUUGGUCAAGGCUCACCGACGGGCGCUGGCGGCUUAAUGGGUGGUGGCAGUCCUGGCGUACCGGGUAGUGUUGUGCAAAAUGGACCGCGUACACCGGGCGAUCACAAUAACAACAAUGGCCCACAAAGCGGUGGUGGUGGUUCGCCGUUUGGCGUUCAAGCGGCAGCUGCAGCGCAUAUGAAGAACUCACUGGGCGCGUCCAGCUAAAAUAAA